GGGUGUGACCCCCAGCAUCAGUGGGUCCCCCGAAUUGGGACGCUGCCACCUGAGCACAGGUUGCGAGGACACGGAGACGUCAGUGCCCCAGGCAGGGCACGUGGUGUCCCUGUCUCCCCCACCUGGAGGAGUGCUCACCGGUGGAGUCACCCGUUGCACACUCCCUUGAGAGAGUGAGAGCGGCAGCCGUGCCGCCUUCCUCCCUGACACCGAACAAGCGUUAUGGGGUGCCGGGGCCCGUGGCCGCUCUGGAGCUGGGUGCUGUGGGGGUUCUGGCUGCUGCCAGGUAAGUGCCAGGGUCCCCCACAUGCUGACCAGGUGGAUGAUACCAUGUGGAUGAUGGGCUGCAAACAACGCUCCGGCAGCUACCAUGCUGCAAGGUCGAGCCCGAGUGCCGGGCCGGGGUUUGCCCUGUCUCUGUCCGCGGGUGCCAAAGCUUUGUCACGGUCCCCAGCUCCAGCAGGGGAAGGUGGCGGGAAUUGUGGAUCAAAUGGAGAGACUCACCCUCGGGGAAGGUCCCUGUUCUGUUGGUGUUGGUCCUCCCGCAGAAGGGAGGAGGGGUAGGGGUGAUGGUGACUCCGGGCUGGCUUUUUCCUCACCUUCCUUCUGCACAAGCCGGGGAGAUGAAGGGGCAAUCCCUUGUCCCCACGCUGGACCCAUCCGAGUCGGGCAGCAUCUCCCACGUGGCCGACAGCAACAGCGCCGAGCUGCCUUCAGACCUGGCCAUGUGCUGGGAGCUCCCCGGAGCAUCAGCCGCACGGACAGAGCUCCCCUCUCCCGCCGGCCCGACCACCACACCCGCGGGCAGCCAGAAAUCAGGUAAGGCCGGCAGGCAGCUGGCCGCGGGCAGGUUCCUGCCUGCUGGGGCCGAGGUGGGGUUGAUCCAGCUGGAGCUGCUUUGUCUCGCUCCACAGGCAUCCUGGUGCCACAGGCAACAGAGAGAGGGCUGGUCCCAGCUGGAAGUAGUGGUGAGCAGGAGAGACUUCCCAGCCUGGCAGCUCUCUCUGGGGGUCCAGCAAUGCAAGGCAGCCCCCAGGCAGGGUCAGGGGCUGGGCUCUCCUCUGCAGGUGCUGCCAGCCAGCCAACCAGCAUCCCUCCGGUUCCCACCACCGCUUGGCACAUGCAGCCUCUGUCCUUCAAGCCAACGGGGCACACAGUGGGUCUUGCCCUAGGUGCUGUCACUGUGGAGCAGACGCCAGUGACAGCACGGACAGAGUCAUUGCUCCCCCAGGAUGAGCACAGCACAGCAACAACGUCCCCCAGCAUAAGCAGGAGCUCUGCUGAGCCACGUAGUACUGCCGUGCUCCUGUCCCAGGAGGUCAUACUGGGGCUGGAUGAGGCCACCUCACCCUUGGCCACAGCUGCCAGCAUCUCUCAGGACAGGGCCAGCCCCAUGAAGAUGGCAGCAGCCGCAGCCAGUCCCCCCAACACAGCCGCAGAGGGAGCCUUUUCUUCUACCACCACUGAUGCCAGCAAGGCUGCAGAGCCAGGGACAGAUGCUUUACCCAACGCUGACCACAGUGCCUCACAGGACCCUCCCGGGCCCCCCACUCAGCUGCCUCCAGCCCUUUUGCCCCCGCUUCCUGAUGAGGCUGUGCUGGGCACAGGAGAGACGUUUCCCCCCAGCUACAGCGCAGCCCCAGGCACUGCUGGACAUGGGCUCCCUGCAGACAAUGCUGCCCACCAACCCCAAGCCACCACACAAGCUGCGGGCACACUGGCUACAGUGGUGGAUGUCGUAGCUGGAGAGCACAUCCCACCUCUGGGAAGCACCAGUGCUGAGCUGGUGACCAUCAGGAAUGAGGCCAGUACCAAAGCCACAGCAGGCACUGCCAUCCCAAAGACCGAGGAUGCACCAGGAGGGCUCAGCAUGAGUCUGUCUCCCCAUGCAGCUCUCAAAGACCCUGAUGGUCCCUCUCCAAGGCCCUUUCCACACUCCAUGGGCUCUCUGCUCCCUCAGUCCCUCUCAACAGGCCUUGUGACCACCACAGCAGAGGCAGCUGCAGGCAGAUUUUCAGCCACUCCCAGCACGGCCAUGCCUUUGUCCCUCACAGGCACCACUGGAGCAACGCCAGACAGGGCCCCUCAAGCUGCUGCUGCUGCUGCACCACCACCUUCCAUUGCUGCAUUUGGCAUCAGGACUGUGCCAGCUACCCAUCCAUCCUCCUUUGUUAGCAGCACUCCAAGUAGUGAAGCAGGGUUGGGAUCAGCAUCACUGGCCAGUGGCAGUGCCACCACAAUUUCAGAGGACACCGAAGCCACCCUGCCUGUGUCCGAUGCACACCCUGGCCACAGCCAGCCAGGUCCCACAGCAGGCUCAACAACCCCAGGAACUGGCAUCACACCCAGAUCUGCACUAACCUCAGUGCUCUUGGCUGGGCCCCAAACUGUGGAAGCUCCAGGGACAGAGAUGCCAUCACCCAGCACUGCAUCAGACACUGGCAGAGCUGUAUCACAUACCCCUGGGGGACCCAGAGCAGUCACUGUCCCCAUGGCAUCGCAAGCAGGUGAACCCCCUCUCCUGGAAGGCAGAGCCAAUGUAGGGAUGGCUCUGGAGGUGUCCCCAUCCAGCAUCCCCCAAGAGAUGGCAGCAGUCACAUCUCCACUGUCUCUGGCUGCCUCACUGCAAGCAAUGGGGCCUUCGGGUGACCCCCAGCCCAAUGGCAGCACCACAGAGCGAGCAAUGGGCAUGGGGUUCCUGGAGGUGAGCACGGAGGAGAACCCAGGUGCCAGUGCAGCAGGGCCAGCUCCCAGCCACACGAUUGUCACUGCCAGGCCACCACCAGAGCCACCUGCCACUGAGAACAAGCCCACCGCUGGGGUCACCUCGCUGCCUGUUGGCCACACAAAUGUGUGGGAGGCUACAGCUGCAUCCCAGAGAGGUGCCACAGCCACCACUGUCCAUGUGGACGCCACCAGCUCUGAGAGCAGCACUGAGGGUGCAGCAUCCUCAGCCAGCACCAGCAGCACCCAUGUCCCUGACUCCAACACCAGUGGCACAAGCCUGGCCACUAGGCCAGCCACCAUAGCAUCCACCAGCACGUUCCCCAGCAACACUAACCUGCCAACCACCUCCACAGGCUGGGAGACCUUUGUGACCAGUGUCACCACAGCCAUGCCACCUGCCACAGCAUGGGCCACCAGCACCAGCAGUGCCCCAUCCCUUGCUGUAACACACAGCGAGACAAGCGGAGGUGGGCAGCCUGUCCCACCCCCAGCAGCACGUACCCCCGUGGUGGAGACAACUCUUGGACCCUGGGGCAUCCCUGGUCCCAGCACGGCUGUUGCAGUGUCUGGUUCCUCCCUCCCCAGCCUGCACAGCCCAACAGAGGAGGCCACAACAGCCCCCUUGUUCCUGCUUGGUGUUGGUGCAACUGGGGUGGCAGCAGCUGGACAGACUCCCACCGAGUCAGCAACAGGCACCACUUCUCCUGCCUCCAUCAGCUACCACGACAUGGGACAAGCAGUGAGCACGUCAUCUCCUGCCUUCCUGACAUCUCCAGGGGCACCUGCCUGGAAGGAGAAAACAGCCAUCAGCACAGGCAGCACCACAGCCACUGCUGCAGGGAACAGCACUGCCACCACUGCCUCUACUGCAGGCAGCACCACUGCCACCACUGCCACCACUGCCGCUACUGCAGGCAGCACCACUGCCACCACUGCAGGGAACAGCACUGCCACCACUGCAGGCAGCACCACUGCCACCACUGCAGGGAACAGCACUGCCACCACUGCCACCACUGCAGGCAGCACCACUGCCACCACUGCAGGGAACAGCACUGCCACCACUGCCACCACUGCAGGCAGCACCACUGCCACCACUGCAGGGAACAGCACUGCCACCACUGCCACCACUGCAGGCAGCACCACUGGCGCCACUGCAGGGAACAGCACUACCACCACUGCCAGCACUGCAGGCAGCACCACUGCCACCACUGCAGGGAACAGCACUGCCACCACUGCAGACAGCACCACUGCCACCACUGCAGAGAACAGCACUGCCAGCACUGAAAGCAGCACCACUGGCACCACUGCAGGGAACAGCACUGCCACCACUGCCACCACUGCAGACAGCACCACUGCCACCACUGCAGGCAGCACCACUGCCACUGCUGCAGAGAACAUCACUGCCACCACUGCCACCACUGCAGGGAACACCACAGCCAUCACUGCAGGAAACACCACUGCCACCACUGUAGGAGGCACCACGGCAGGAGGCACCACGGCUAUUGCAUCCACAGCCCCAGUGAGCCCAGCCAAGGAGGCGGGAAGUCUCCCAGGCACCACGGCACCAGUGACACCACCAGCCACCACCAGCCCUGCCACCACCCUGUCUCGUGCCUUUGGGACACAGAGAGGACCAUCCACUGAACUGAGCACAUCUGCCCACACCACCACUGGGCACAGAACUCCUGCACCUGAGCCCCAACCCACCCAGGAGCUUAUCAAGCCAGGGACUUCACUCUACCCCUUUGGCGUGGAAGGAGGGGAUCAAGAAUACGUCCGGAGGAUGGUGGAUUUUAACUCACCCCUGUUCAAGCCAGAAAUUGGAUUUCCCUUUGGGAAGUCACUGCGAGAUGCUCUCUAUUUUACAGAUAACGGACAGAUCAUUUUUCCACCCACGGACAACUAUGUCCCAUCCAACCCCAACCCCCCUCCCCGGGGCUUCACUGGCUGGGAGAGCUUGCCAAUGGUGGCUGCCUUUUGGGAUGAUGCAGACUUUUCCAAGGGUGUUGGCACCACUUGGUACCAGGAGUACUCUACACUCAGCUCUACCCAAGACCCCGUUGUCCAAGAUGUGGAAGCAAAGAUUGAGAAAUACCUAAAAAUCCCCUAUGUGGCAAAAUGGACCUUGAAGGUGACGUGGGAGAAAGCUCCAGCGUACCCAUCCCGGAGGGAUGACACUCAGACGAGCACCUACCAGGCAGUACUCAGCACUGACGGGAACCGCUCCUUCGCCCUGCUGCUCUACCAGGACGAGGGGAUGCGCUGGGACUACAGCAGGCUGGCUGCACCCAACGUACUGAUCGGCUUCUCCAGUGGCAACGGCUAUGCCCAAAACAACGAGCUGACUCAGAAGCCACCAGCUGUCAAGUACCGACCAGACCAGCACAGCAGCACCGGCUCCGAUGUGCGUGGGCUGUGGAUUUACAGACUGGACAGUCGCUCCCGGGUGAAUUACAGGCUGCAGUGCCUGGCGUGGCUGGACACGGAGCCAGCGCCGGCCACCUGGAACAGCCAACUGCCACCAUGCCCCUGCUCUCGGCCCCAGGCAGAGCUGGAUCCCCGCUACCACUGGAGCAGAGGCCCAGCAGACACCUCCAUGAGGAUGCUGCGCACUGCAUCCCCCAGCCCAGCUGGAGCUGGGGUACGAUGUCUGUACCAAGGUGGGAGCCUGCUCGAAGGCUGGCAGGAGAGAGUAUGGAGCCCCCCCUUCCAUGCUGCCACAGACACAGAGCUGGAAGCGUUCAACUGGUGCUGCCGGCGUGUGGGGAAGCCCCUGUUCUGUGCCAGGUUUGCUGAGAAGAGACCAAGGGUUGACUGUGAAGGAUAUGUGCCACCCACCCCUGCUGGUGCCUUCGGGGACCCUCACAUCACCACCCUGGAUGGACUCACCUACACCUUCAAUGGGCUUGGGGACUUUGUCCUGCUGCUGGCCAGUGAUGCCCAAACCAGCUUCGUUUUGCACGGGCGCACAGCACAGACUGGCACGGCCCAGGCCACCAACUUUGUGGCCUUUGCUGCCCAAUAUAUCUCCAAAACUACCACAACAGUUGAGUGGACCUUGGGGAGCCAGGAUGACAUCCAAGUCCUCCUGAACAACAAAACCAUCCAGUUUUCCUAUUCCCAAGACCUGGGUGACGAGGUGUACUACAGCCCUGGUGUCCUGCUGGUCAACACCUCCUCUGUCACGGCCGUCUUUGAUGGGACCAUGGCUGUCUCUGUCUUGGCCACCUCUGGGAUCCUCAGCGUGGUCUGCAGCCUGCCCAACUGGUACCGCAACAGCACCAGCGGCCUCCUGGGUGUGUGGGACCAUGACCCUGCAGACGACUUCCAGAUGCCAAAUGGUACCAGCAUCCCUGUGAACAGCAGUGAGGAGGAGAUCUACAGCUAUGGGAUGACCUGGGCUGUUGGGGAGCACAGCCUGUUCACUCAGCCUCUGGACUCACCAGCACUGAACUUCACACCCUUCUUCUUGUCUUGGCUGCGGCAGGAGAACGAAAGCCAGUACGAGCUGGUGGCCUCUCAGUGUCACGGCAGCAAGGAGUGCAUCUAUGAUUCACUGAGCACAGGGAACUUGGCCCUGGGCCUGGCCACCCGGAGCCUUGCAGCCGACUUCCAGCAGAGGAAGAAAACACUCAAUGCCUUCCCUCCCGUCAUCACCGGUGACGCAUCAAUCACGGCCUUCAGGACAGAGAAGGUCACAAGGCAGUACCAUGCCUUGGGGGCGGGUGCACGCUUCAUUCCCCAUCUUUCACCACAGCUCAACAUAUCAGAGAACGGCACCCUCAUAUGGGAGCCCCGUGGGAUAGCCCUAUUCACCAUCAACCUGGAGGCUGUUGGCUCCAACAACAUCUCUGCACUCCUCCAGCUCCGCUUCAUCCUUUGCAGAUGCAGCAGGAGCCAGGACUGUGACUACAGCAACACUGUCACUCUCGGGGAGUCUUCCCUGCAGCUGGCAGCCUGCAGAUGUGAGAGUGGCUACUCAGGUGCCCUCUGCCAGAACCCUCCGGACCCCUGCUCCCAGGGAUGCUUCCCUGGUGUGGGAUGUGACCCUUUCAGUGGCUGUGGCCCCUGCCCAGCUGGCCUGACGGGGGAUGGAGAGCACUGCUCAGAUGUCGAUGAGUGCACGCAGGGGACAGAGUGCCCGGGGAACAGCACCUGCACCAACACUGUGGGCAGCUACAUCUGCUCCUGCCUGGCCAGUGAGCAGGGUGAGAGGCCAGGCUGUGGCUCAGACUGCAGCUACCACUCCUGCCCUGAGGGCUACUGCAGCAACGGGGGGCACUGCCACCUUCACCCCAUCACUUGUGCCCCUACCUGCUCCUGCCCCCCAGCUUUCACCGACCAGCGCUGCCUGGUGGCAGGGGGGGAUUUUCAGCCACUGCCCAGCUCAGAUCUCCCUCGGAGAAGCAUCCAGAUGAGGAUCAAGACACUGCAAAACGCCACUGCUGAGGAAGUCAACAGCACUGUCUCAGCCAUCCUGGACUCUCUGGAGGUAAAGGCUUUCCAGAGCAACACCAACAUCACCCAGAUGACAGACAUCAAUGGCUUCACCUUCGUGGUGGUGUCGGAGUUUGCCUAUGACAGCCGCGGGACCGUCAUCCACUUCCUGAACGAGGAGCUGCCCACAGCCAUCACCGGCGCCUUCAACGGGCGGCGGCGGCGGCGGGAGGCGGGCACGGGGCUGCUCUUCCAGCACCUGCACCGGGACAACAUCACUGACCUGGUGAAGCUGACAGUGGAUGAGCUGAGGGACUAUUUCCCCUGCUCUCUGUAUGGCUACAAAGGCUACCAGCUCCACUACAUGGGGGCCAUCGGCUUCAUCUGCAUCUCCCCCUGCAAGAUGGGCUACUGCCAGCACGGCGGCCAAUGCCAGCACCUGCCCGAGGGGCCCACGUGCAGCUGCUUGCCCUUCUCCAUCUACUCUCCAGCCGGCCUCCGGUGUGAGUGGCUGGCCAUCAGCCUGGCUGCCUUCCUCGGCAUCCUGCUGGGAGCCCUGGCUCUGCUCUGCCUCCUGUUUGCCAUCGCCUGCCUGGCCCUGCGCCUCUGCCGCCGGCACCAGGGGGCCAAGGAGACCUUAUGGAGAACACGGCCCUUCUCCUCGUUAACGAUGGCAGGAGAACAAGCAGAGCCCACUGUCUCCCACUCCCUGGAAAGGCAUUGGAAACUGCAGCUCCAGGCCAUUGACCCCUCAGUCCAGAUAAGAAUCCAGAGACCCCAUGUUAUGCCUCCAAGCCAGUCCCCCCAGCAGCCCUAACCUGCCACCAGUCCUUUGCUGGCACCUCCAGGCUCACAGAGGAGCCAGACACGGCUGCCAGCUCCGCCGCUUGCUCUUGAGGUCUCCAGCAGCAGCAACACAUGGAGGCAGGGGACAGGCAGCUGCCUUUUGGCUUCUGGGAGGAUUCUGAAGGAGGUGCUUUUUUGAAUGUGUAUUUAUCUGAGUGACCAAAGCAGGAGGAUUUCACCUUCCCUGAGAUCCUGCAGAGACACCUGGGAUCAUCCUUGCAUGUGUCUGCACCAGGGGUAUGUGCUACUGCAAUAUAACCAGACCUUGCAGAUCCCCUGAGAGCAGGGUCAGGUGGGGCAAUGCAGUGAUUGUAAUCCCUUAGGAACCAAAUAGAAUAAACCAAAAAUGUUGGCUUGCUGUUAAA